AUGCCGACAACGCUUCCCGUGGCAAUGAGUACCCCCCCCAAAAAAAAAACAACACACACACACACAAAGGACCGUGCCAGUUCCUGUGGCUUCGCUGGCUUUCUGGGCACGCCCGCCCUCCGAAGGAGUCCGCUCAAGCACCGUGCUCCAAGCUCCACAGUGGUCGGGCGCAGUCCCGGAGCAGGAGCUGAGUCUGCCUUUGCAGCGGUGAUGCACUGGAGUCAUAUAACACACCUCUUUGAAAAUGAUCGUCAUUUUUCUCAUCUCUCCACAUUGGAAAGGGAGAUGGCUUUUCGCACUGAAAUGGGACUGUAUUAUUCCUACUUCAAGACGAUUGUGGAAGCACCCUCAUUUUUGACGGGCGUGUGGAUGAUUAUGAAUGAUAGGCUUACUGAAUACCCUCUUGUCAUUAACACCUUAAAACGCUUCAAUCUGUAUCCCGAGGUAAUCUUAGCCAGCUGGUACCGGAUUUAUACCAAAAUAAUGGACUUGAUUGGUAUUCAAACCAAGAUAUGUUGGACAGUGACUAGAGGAGAAGGUCUCAGUCCCAUUGAAAGCUGUGAAGGAUUAGGAGAUCCUGCUUGCUUUUAUGUCGCUGUAAUUUUUAUUUUAAAUGGACUAAUGAUGGCAUUAUUCUUCAUAUAUGGCACAUAUCUAAGCGGCAGCCGGUUAGGAGGCCUGGUUACAGUGCUAUGCUUCUUCUUCAAUCAUGGAGAGUGUACUCGUGUCAUGUGGACACCACCUCUCCGUGAAAGCUUCUCGUACCCUUUCCUUGUACUUCAAAUGCUGCUUGUGACUCAUAUUCUCAGGGCUACAAAACUUUAUAGAGGAAGCUUGGUUGCACUCUGCAUUUCCAAUGUAUUUUUCAUACUUCCUUGGCAGUUUGCUCAGUUUGUACUUCUUACUCAGAUUGCAUCAUUGUUUGCAGUGUAUGUUGUGGGGUACAUUGAUAUAUACAAAUUACGGAAGAUCAUUUAUACACACAUGAUUUCCCUUGCCCUUUGUUUUGUUUUGAUGUUCGGAAACUCAAUGUUAUUAACUUCUUAUUAUGCUUCCUCUCUACUAGUUAUUUGGGCUGUGUUGGCAAUGAAACCACAUUUGCUGAAAAUAAAUAUAUCUGAUCUUGGUUUAUGGGUAAUCCAAGGAUGUUUUUGGUUAUUUGGAACUGUCAUACUUAAGUCUUUGACAUCUAAAAUCUUUGGCAUCGCAGAUGAUGCUCACAUCGGCAACUUAUUAACAUCAAAAUUCCUCAGUUACAAGGAUUUUGAUACUCUAUUGUAUACCUGUGCCGCAGAGUUUGACUUUAUGGAAAAGGAGACUCCAUUGAGGUAUACCAAGACCUUGCUGCUUCCUGUGGUUCUUGUCGUGUUUAUUGCAAUUGUUAGAAAGAUUAUUAGUGAUAUGUGGGGUGCCUUAUUUAAACAGCAAACACAUAUAAGAAAACACCAGCUUGAUCAUGGAGAGCUGGUUUAUCAUGCACUGCAGCUGAUAGCAUAUGCAGCCCUGGGUAUCUUGAUUAUGAGACUUAAACUCUUCUUGACCCCGCACAUGUGUGUGAUGGCUUCCUUGAUCUGCUCAAGACAGUUAUUUGGAUGGCUCUUUUGCAAAGUACAUCCUGGGGCUGUUGUUUUUGCUGUAUUAGCAGCAAUGUCAAUACAAGGGUCAGCAAAUCUACAAACCCAGUGGAAUAUCGUCGGGGAGUUCAGUAAUUUGCCACAAGAAGAACUUAUAGAAUGGAUCAAAUACAGUACUAAACCAGAUGCCGUGUUUGCAGGAGCCAUGCCCACGAUGGCAAGUGUGAAACUCUCGGCUCUCCGGCCUGUUGUGAAUCAUCCACAUUAUGAAGAUGCAGGGUUGAGGGCCAGAACGAAAAUCGUGUACUCAAUGUAUAGUCGAAAAGCAGCCGAAGAGGUGAAGCAACAAUUGAUCAAACUACAAGUCAAUUAUUACAUUCUAGAAGAGUCCUGGUGUGUAAGAAGAUCCAAGCCUGGUUGCAGUAUGCCUGAAAUUUGGGAUGUGGAAGACCCUGCUAACGCUGGGAAAACCCCCUUAUGUAACCUCUUGGUGAAGGAGUCGAAGCCUCACUUCACCACUGUGUUUCGGAACAGUGUUUACAAAGUCUUAGAAGUCAUCAAAGAAUGACUGCUACCUGAACUGCUGCCGACACAGAACUCCAUCAGUACUGGUUUUAACAUUUUGCUAAUAUGUCAUACAUUGUUUUUAAUUCAAGUCUCAAAAAAACUUUUAUAGGUAACUGUUUUCAAAUAGAAAACGUUUUAUUUGGUGAACUGGAAUACCAUUCGGACUGUAAAAAAAUACUUAACACCUUGAUUAAUUGGUUAUUAUUUCAACGCAUUCCUUAAAAUUUGCUAUGCAAAUGAGUAUGUGCUUGUAUGACUUAAAUAUCUGUGCUUAAGUGAGCAAAGCUACCUACAGAAAAGGAAUGUGGCCAGGGUCAAACGAGACUACAGUCCAUUCUGAACUCUGUAGGAGUUGUCUGACAGUUUCCAGACUAUUGACACCUCUCGCUGCUGCUCCUGCCUCUUGCUGUUGUCUUUUAGUGUCUUGGAAUGCUAGCCCAGUGAUGCUAGCCCAUCAUCACCGUGAAGACCAGUGAUGGGGCACAGAUGUAGGUUAUGUGCUAGUUGGAAUCAUCUCUUUAUUUCACGUCUGUGUUUUCUUUUUGUUUUCUCUCACUCUUGUUAAUGAGGCGUUUCCUAUCCAUUAUUAAUCCAAACUUUUG